CUAGAAAUCCUCUGGUGCUCUUUAACUUCUUACCACAAUCAACCCCUCUUCAGAAUCCCUUUUUUCUGCCAGUCCAACUGACGCCGGAUUCAUCCGUUGACUCAUCCGCAUACCCACUAUCGUGCCCCGCCUCCAGACGUUCCUCCCUCCAUCUCAGUCCCUUGUCGCAGUUUCAAGGAGUCCUAACGAUCGAAGUAUUCAAUUGCUUUUAGAUCUUCAGAUAUCACAAAAACAACACAUUCGCAAUGGGUGUCACAAUUGUUCUUGGUAGCCAGUGGGGUGAUGAAGGAAAGGGAAAGAUUACGGACAUGCUCGCGCAGGAAGCUACGCUUUGCUGCCGUGCCGCUGGCGGCCACAACGCGGGCCACACUAUCGUUCAUGGCUCUACGACUUAUGACUUCCACAUUCUACCUUCCGGACUGGUCUCCCCCUCCUGUGUCAAUCUCAUUGGUGCAGGAACUGUGGUGCACGUUCCCAGCUUCUUCAAGGAGCUGACGGCUAUUGAGACUAAGGGUCUGACCACCGCUGGAAAGCGUAUCUUCAUUUCAGACCGCGCUCACGUCUGCUUCGAUCUGCACUCCGUUGUGGAUGGCCUAGAAGAGGCCAAGCUCGGUGGUCGCAAGGUCGGCACCACUGGUAAGGGUAUCGGUCCUUGCUAUAGUGACAAGGCUGCGCGUCGCGGUGUCCGUGUUGGCGAGAUCUUGGACGAGCCUCUUUUCGAGCGCAAGUUGCGUUCACUGCAUGCGGGAUAUACUGCCCGCUUCGGCGAAUUGGAUUACGACGUUGAGGAGGAGCUUGCACGUUUCAAGGAGUACCGCCAGCGCCUGGGUCCCUACAUUGUCGACCAAUUGGCCUUCCUGCAGAAAUACAAGGAUGCCUCCAACACUUUGGUUGAGGGUGCCAAUGCUCUGAUGCUUGAUCUGGAUCACGGAACCUAUCCCUUCGUGACCUCCUCUUCGACCGGCUUGGGUGGUGCUGUCCAGGCUCUGUCCCUGAACCCCACCAGCAUCACCUCCAUCAUUGGUGUUGUUAAGGCUUAUACCACCCGUGUCGGCUCGGGCCCCUUCCCCAGCGAGCAGUUGAAUGAAUUCGGUGACAAGCUGCAGGGUGUUGGUAAGGAGUUUGGUGUCACCACCGGUCGCCGCCGUCGCUGUGGUUGGUUUGACAUGGUCCUUUGCCGCUACUCGCAGGCCAUCAACCACUACACUGCUCUUAACCUGACCAAGUUGGAUGUUCUGGACGACUUUGACGAGAUCAAGGUCGGUGUUGCUUAUAUCCUUCCUGACGGUACCCGCACGGAGAACACCAUGCCUGCCGACCCCGAGGUCUUGGAGAAGGUCAAGGUCGAGUACGUCACUCUUCCUGGCUGGAAGACCAAGACCAUGGGCAUCAAGAAGUAUGAGGAUUUGCCUCCCAACGCCCGUGCCUAUAUCGAGUACAUCGAGCGCGGUCUUGGUGGGGUCCCGGUCAAGUGGAUCGGUACCGGCCCUGCUCGUGACGACAUGAUCGCCCGCGAGUAGAUUCCGCGCUCUGGUCGUUGAACCGGUUGGUUGUUUAUUCUCAUCUUCUCGUAUAAUAUCCUCAAGCACCCAGUACCUUUAUUUCUUUUACCAUGUAUGUUUCUAUUCUGGAUGAUUUGUACUAUUGUCUACUACAGUAAAACGGUAGACGGCUGGUCGCAGAUAAAACUAGAGUACAAUAUUUCCAUUUCAUAGACAUUUUCAGAUCGG